AGAGCAGGCAGCAGAGCUCCAGCGGGUUUCUCCUCUAACGACCACACAAAUUACUGCAAAUAUGGAAGCUAAAAGGGACAAAGAGCACGAAACAGAGUGUGCAAAGAUCACUCCUGGUCUCCUGAAGUCCCGAACUGGGGAAUUUGAUUUGGAGUCCAUUUUAUUCCUCAAACUAAGGAGUCUAGGAAUAUAUGAUCUUGGAUGCAUUGGAGAAUGUAUAAAUUUGGAAAGGCUGGACCUCUCUGGGAAUAACAUUACAAAUCUAGCACCUCUUGCAUCACUGAGACUUCUGCUUGUGCUGAAUCUGUCAGCUAACAGGAUUUCCAAUAUCGAACCCCUCUCUAGUUGUGAAAGUCUACAGAGUCUGAAUAUGGCAGGCAAUCUUGUAUCCAGCAUUGAUAGCCUUCAUGCUUUGAAGCCUUUACGGAAAUUAGAGAGCAUUAGGCUGAAGGACAACACCUACAAUUACACUAAUCCAGUUUGCAAGAACUCGUCAUACAGAAACACAGUCUUUGAAAUGUUCCCAAACAUCAAGGUGUUCGACGGGGAACGGGUGGUUGGACGUGGAAGUGAUCUGUAUCAACUAUGCAAAGACAUUGAUGACACAAUUAAAGCAGGCAUGUAUAAAAAUGGCCAGUUGCCAGAAGUACCAGACUGUAAGCCAUGGGUAGAAGAUGGGUUUUGGGAGAUAAAGAGAUCAAACAAUGCCAUUGUUGAAGAAGCAUACAAACAAUUUAAUGAUGUUCUUCAUGAAUGCAGACUGCUAAACAGAAGAGCAGCUCAUGCGAUCUCACAAACUGAGAGGACACUUGGCCUCAAAAACCCACCAAAGCAGUAUUCUGUUUAAAAUAAACACACACUACCACAAUUAAACAGUUUUUAUUUUUGAUACAUUUUUUCAGCUGAUAAGAAAAAUUGCCACCACACAUCUAUUUCUAUUUGUUUUUAAAGGUCCACAUGCUUGACACGUCAGUGCCAGAACUCCUGAAUAUUCAAUGCUUGUAAGGAAGGAAGGCUUUAGUUACUGUAACUCCACUGCUGGCCUCCACAUUUAUAGAUUUGAGACCCAAGAUGUUCAAACUGAGCCUUUUUUUUUUUUAAAGAAUUGUCACACAAAGCUGUAUACAGUAUAUUAUUGCUUUUCACACCCCUUUUAGACAGUGAAAUGUGUUGUAAUGCAGUUACCGGUAUGCUUGUAUUUAUUGACAUCCUUGUUUUCAUAUGACACAAUUUUUAAUGUGUGUUUCAUAGAAUUGUACGUUGAUUUUGUAAGUUUACAUUGUUUGCUUUUUACAUUUUGCCUACAUUUUUCUGACUCUGAAGUACCCCGUGGCU